CUAAGCCAGAAGUAGACCAGAUAUUAAGUUCAGUGCAUAGCGAUAAUAUCAGAAAACUAUAUUCCAGAAUGAAUCACCACCGGUCGAGUUCACACCUGUGGCUGCUUAUCUUGACAGUCGUUAGUGGAGUUUAUCAGGGAAAGGCUCAAGUUCCAUUUCCCGGAAAGUGCCCAGAUGUCAAACUAUUGGAUUCCUUCGAUGCGGAAGCUUACAUGGGUAUCUGGUACGAGUACUCCGCUUAUCCAUUUGCCUUUGAGAUCGGAAAGAAAUGCAUAUACGCAAACUAUAGUCUCAUUGACAAUAGCACUGUUUCUGUGGUGAAUGCAGCUAUCAAUCGAUUCACUGGUCAAGCCUCGAAUGUAACUGGAAAGGCCAAGGUCCUCGGGCCUGGUCAAUUGGCAGUGGCUUUUUUCCCAGGCCAGCCACUCACGAAGGCCAACUACAUAGUAUUGGGCACCGAUUAUGAGUCGUAUGCCGUUGUCUAUAGCUGCACCGCUGUAACACCAUUGGCGAAUUUCAAAAUCGUUUGGAUCCUAACUCGCCAGCGUGAACCUUCAGCGGAGACAAUUGAUGCGGCCAAGAAGAUCUUGACUGAUAAUGACAUAUCUCAGGCGUUCCUCAGCAAUACGAUUCAAAAGAAGUGUCCCCAAUUGGAUGGAAAUAACACUGGGUUGUCCGUAGACGAUGAACUUGAUGUGGAUGAUUUUGUGACCACUGUGGUGCCAGAAGCCAUCCAGAAGGCAUGAGAAUGGCUUCGACGCUUCUACGAGCGUCUCUACGACAUUUUCGUGAACUUCUUAAGUUACUAAAUGUUCUGUUAUUCAAGUGUACAAAUAUCGACAGCUAAAUGUUCUUUAAUGUAUCAAUUAUAAAUUGUUGUUAUUUCGAGGAAUAAAAACGAAGCAAAUCGAUCGAGCUAUAA